CAGCAAAAGUAUUUGAAUCGUAUAUGGAUGAUAUUCGAGGAAGAAAAAUCGCGUGAUGUACAUAUAAAUAAUAUGUACGCGCACGAAAAUAAUAUGACGAAAUUUUCCAUACGUGCGCAAAAUAAAACCGACCGCCAAUUAACAAGGAUAAUCUCUCGGCUCUUUCGAUUAUCGAAAGAAAUCGCAGCAUCAUUCCUCCUCGCUCAGACUCGUGAAAUCUCAGCGAACCUGUCGGGCAAAUUUUCGGGCUGUUGUAUAAUUUUGACGAUCGUUUCGCAGAUAUUCCUGCUCGGCCUGACAACGAUGGCGUGCGCGCAGUUCAAUAGGUUUACGACCCCGUAUCCACAGCCAACGCAAUACUACAAUCCCAACUACUACGGUCGGCCUUAUUACGCCAUACUGCGACAAACGCAAGACUCCUCGCCGGACGGAUCGUAUUCCUACAGCUACGACACGGAGAACGGCAUCUCCGUGGCGGAGGCAGGUCAGCCGAAGAACAUCGGGCCGAACCAGAUCGAGGCAGUCAGAGGUCAGUUCAGUUACACUGCCCCGGACGGUACGCCGAUCCAGGUUGUUUACACGGCUGACGAGAAUGGCUUCUUGGCGAGCGGCGCCCAUCUACCGACACCGCCGCCGAUACCGGUAGCGAUACAACGCGCCUUGGCACACAACGCGGCUCACCCCGAGGAGGAGAGAGACGAUCCCUACAGAAGAUACUAGACUCCAAGUUUGCGCUAGAACUGCCCGACGCUUCGACGUAUCGACGUGGAAGGACGCGGCCAUCCCGUCGGCGUUGACGGUCGUCUUGACUGUCCGGAUAUUAAUACGGAUAUCCCUCGUCUUUGGGGGACUUUUCAAGCGCGGAUGAUGGCAAACCCGACCUCGUCGGCGACCGAUUACAGGAGCAAACGUCAAAGCUUGCCCGCGGUGGAGGCGUGAGAUUAUUAUUCUCGCGUUUCUAUCGCGCGUCGCCGACGAAGCGCUUCCGGAGAUCGACGAUCGCGCUCGUCGAUGGAGCAGCGACCGUUCCAUGAGAAAUUCGUCGAGGAGUUCUAGUGUUCGCCUCUCAUGCGAGGAAGACCAGGCACGAUCGGGCGAGACGACGUGAGAUCGACCGGUGCGAGCGAAGGGGAAAGAUACAAAUCGCGAUUGUUGAAAUUUUCACAGACAAACGCGCGAGCUGUGAAGAGAUUCACGCGGCACUACUCUCUCAAAGUGAAUCAGUGAAAAAUAUUUCUGGUUGAGGGUCGAUUUUUCCAACUUCUUGAUUGAGUACUUACCAAGAGGUUGAAAAUAUCUUAACCAGGUGCUAAAUGCUAAAAAGCUGACUAAUAUAGUUGAUCAUUGAUCAUAGAAUCAUACGUUUAUCUUUGCUUUCUCCUCAAAUAAGAUAAAAGCAGACAUGUAGUUUAACUGUUAGUUAGCUUAAGAAAUUGGAAAAAUCAGUCCUGAAUUGGUAAAAGAAGCAUUUCAUCGAUAAUCAGUGAAUAAUCGCUGAUUUUCAGUGGAAAUACCUUUAUUGCUUCAUCUUAUGUCUCACUGAUUUUGACUAGUGGAAGUAAGAUCUCACUGUGGAAUCUGUAGACUAUAAAUUCGUUGUACACUGUGUCAAAUUCAACUUUCCGCGUUUGUGGCAAUCACCAUACGAUUCGAGGCAUUAACACCGUGCUCGCAAAUUGUACCAAUAUUUGAGAUUCUUCCAGCGAGAUAUUACUGAUUGCAGUGCUACACUUUUAAAUGAACCACCAGUUAUAGCAUUUCUGUGAGGAACAGCAUUAAUUAUAUUUCAGAGAGUAUAUAUAAGGAGAACCCGUGUUCUCUUCGUCUCAAACCUAACCUAACGUAUUGGCGCAAUACGGAGAUCGUCGAUCAAUAAUGCGGUAUUCAUGCCGCGCUGAUAUUUGAAGAAAUUGCGAUUGAGGCGCGACACACACGAGGCGGUCGUAAACGCGUUCCGAACAUGCCUACAAUUUAUAAAUACGACUCGGGACGAAAUAAAAUGCGCGUCGUGAUAGAAUUAUUGUGCAUUGCAUACAGCCGUGUUCGCGCGUGCACAGCGGCGUGUUCGGUGAAGUUCAGCGUUAUUAUAUAAUACGACAUGAUAGCAUCAUCUUAAUUAUGAAUUACGCAAAACCGCUUUGCCGCGCGCUCGAGAAGGAUACUUCGAUAUAUCGCGGCACGGUUGUUCAGAACGAUGCAAUUUGCGGUUUCAGUUUUUCCCUCAGCCGCGACGAUGACGGUUUCGACUUCGACUAUGAAACGUACUUCUAAUCAAUUCUCAUUACGUCGACUCGUGGUAAAAGAGAAGGAGGAGAAGAAGGAAAAUGGGGAAAUAAUUGCGUUCGAGUGAUUAAGGCGUGCGCGCGUAAUUAAACGGAAACGACGUUACCCGCGCUCGUCCUUGGCGAUUUCACUCGUCGCCCGGACGUGCCUUAACCCUAAACGGAACGAAACACUCGACUCACGUAAAACCGCGAAACUGACAGAGCCCGCGUGGGUUAGAAAAAAAGAAAAGAGGGAAGAUGAUCGACUUCACGUUUCCGAUGGUGAAGCGAACAAAGUGCCAGAAAAAUUCAUCCUAUAUUCACUCUGUACUAUUAACCGUACUGUUCUCUCGUUACACUUAGAUUAAGGGAAACGAUUCUUAUUCUGUACGCGAUUUUAAGGCGAAACGACGACUCUUCAAAUACAACGAAUUAAAUAUAACCAAGAAAAUAUGAUCUUAUCCUUAGCGGCAUCCUUUUGUACAUGGCCUCAAGAGGAUUCCUCUAAAAUCAUAUGAAGGAAAAUAUUCCAAGUGCAAUGUGCUUGAAGUUAGAGGAAUUUUCAUCUUUACGAAUACAAGUCUUGCUUAGCUUUGCGUUAAUAUAAUUCUCUUAAUUCAAUAUAUUCCUCAAAUACUGAUUCAAAAGAAAAACAAGUUAAAAUAAUAUCUAGUAGAUUUCUUAUUAAUAGUUUACCUCGUUAUAAGAACAAUAUUUUUUCGGUUUUCACUUAAUAAGUUCUCACUUAAAAUUACAGAAAACAGAGCACCUUGCAACUGGAGUUCUCUUGCUUUUUGGAAUGUUAGAAUAUUUUCCCUUUGGUGUUUUUGGAGGAACCCUCUAUAUGUAUAAGUGGAUUUCGCUAAGAAUGAGAUUAUAGUUCUUUGGGUGAAGGAAGGAUCUGUCAGGAUUCCGUUGCGCUGUUUAGGGUUAACCGACUAACCGACGACAUUCCCUCGAAGAUCCGCCACGAAGUGUUAACGCGCGCUUCGCUUUACCGAUCCUAACACGAAGAGACUAUCUAUCUACUGACGCGAUCGAGGUCCUGCGUGUCCUGCGCGACCGCACCGUCUCGCGCUUCCACUUUCUCCGCACUUGGCGGGCGAAAAGUUGACGGAGGUGAUGGGAACGAGCAGGAGGCUGGCGCGGCGCACGGAUGCCUGGGCGACAAUAUGUCAUGUAUCACAUUGUGCUCUAUUGUACUUAUCAUGCUAUGGCUACCUUCAUUAAAUCGUUCAAUUGCGCAUGCGUAUUCGCACACAUGUAUUCUCCACACCAUAUACAUUAUCACAACUGCGUAUCUAUCAAUAUUAUUAUUGAUAUUCAGCACGCGCGACGCUCGGCCGUCAAUUAAGGACUCGUUCGUGUGUCCCGCGUUCGUGAUGAUCUCUUUUAACGCGAACGAGCCGCGAAAGCGCGCGCGAUCGUCGGCAAUACAUUAUUUUGGUAGUAUAUACGUAAGACCGACAACUCUAUUUAGCAAUAAUAACACCGAGCUACGAUGAGUUAUAACGGCGAUUAAUUCAGCCGCUAUUCGUUUUAUUAUCGCUCCCCGCCGCGAUAAAUGUUAAAAUCUCCGCGCGCACCACGUCUUUUGUGAAUGGUGCGUUACUUGCAGCGCAUCGCGGAAAGUGCAAU